AUGCCGCGCCCACACAUCAAUGUCCGUGUAACCACCAUGGAUGCUGAGCUGGAGUUUGCCAUCCAGCACAGCACCACUGGCAAACAGCUCUUUGACCAGGUUGUGAAGACCAUUGGUCUCAGAGAAAUCUGGUUCUUUGGCCUUCAGUACGUCGACAGCAAAGGUUACAGCACAUGGCUCAAACUCAACAAAAAGGUGAUGGGUCAAGAUGUCAAGAAAGAGGUGCCUUUGCAAUUCAAGUUUCGAGCAAAAUUUUUCCCAGAAGACGUUUCAGAGGAGCUCAUUCAAGACAUCACACAGAAAAUGUUCUUCCUGCAAGUGAAAGAAGCAAUCCUGUCAGACGAGAUCUACUGUCCGCCAGAGACGGCCGUGCUCCUGGCUUCCUACGCCUGUCAGGCCAAGUACGGAGACUUGACCAAUGAUAACCCUAAGCCUGGCGCACUGGCCAAUGACAGGCUGCUACCUCAAAGAGUGUACGAUCAACAUAAAUUGUCCAAAGACCAGUGGGAAGACAGGAUAAAGAGCUGGUACGGUGAACACAAAGGCAUGCUCAGGGAGGAUGCAAUGAUUGAAUUUCUGAAAAUCGCCCAAGAUUUGGAAAUGUAUGGAGUAAAUUAUUUUGAAAUCAAGAACAAAAAAGGCACAGAUUUGUUACUAGGAGUAGACGCUCUUGGUCUCAAUGUCUACGAAAAAGAUGAUAAAUUAACCCCAAGAAUAGGCUUUCCAUGGAGUGAGAUCAGAAAUAUAUCUUUUAACGAUAAGAAAUUCAUCAUCAAACCAAUAGACAAGAAAGCCCCAAGGGCACAGCUGGCCCGCAUGAGACAAGAGAGGGAAGAGUCUGACCGGCUCAGGAAAGACCUGGAGGAGAAGGUGCGAAUCAUGGAGGAAGAACAGAAGCAGAGGAUGAAAGAACUGGAAGAGCUGCAGGGCAUGAUUCGUGACCGAGACGAGAAGGUCGCCGAGCUCACCCGGCUCAGAGAGGAGCUCGACUCUGAGAGGAAGAGGGCCGAGGAGCUGCAGAGGGACAUUGAGCGCUCACACGAGAUGGAGCAGUCAGAACGGGAACGCCUGGCUGCCGAGCUGUCUGCCACCCAGGCCUCUUUGCAAGAGCGCCUGACGGAGAUCGAGAGCAAGGAGGAUGUGGUGUCGAGCCUGCACGAGGAGCUGGAGUCGGCCAAGCGCAGUGCGGAGGAGAAGGAGAACGAACUGAGCCGCGUCAUGAUCUCCAGCCAGCAGCGGGAACAGGAGCUGGAGGCCCAGCUGUUGGUGCGCUCGGAGAUCAACGACCACCACGACGAGGGAGAGGAGAACGAGGGCGACGACAAAAAGGAGUUCGACGCUGACUUGACCGUGCAUGAGGACGCUCAUUUGAUGCCUCGCCCAGAGGAGGAUCGUGAGACACAGCAGAGCAAGGACAAGAGGCUCCAGGAGCAGCUCAGAGCCCUGAAGGAGGACCUUGACCUUGAAAAGACCAAGUCGACGGCCGUCGACCUGUUGCACCAGGAGAACCAGCGCCAGGGACGCGACAAGUACAAGACGUUGAAACAGAUUCGCCAGGGCAAUACCAAGCAGAGAGUGGAUGAGUUUGAGUGCAUGUAA